AUGAACUACCGAAGAAGCUACAACCGGAAGCGUGAUCAACGAACUCAGCCAAAGCGCCUACGAGACUCGGAGAAGAGCUGGAGUCUACAGUGUCGGGCCGGAGCUCACUCGAGAGCGAGCCAUUUUCACGCGCGCCUCAACAAAACUCAUCCGAUGCAGAAACGCCACAGGAGGCCGACCACCACCGGGGGCCAACCUUCGUUGCUCACAAACCGCACAGCAGCGCCAAGGAAGCUCGACAAGGGAAGGGGACGAAGCAAGCUUUGCCGAGGAUCGCUAGACGAAGAGCCAACACCAAGAGGCACCGCACCUCCGCCGCACAACCAACGGAGAGCCAUACGCCAUGAACUCCAAGGCGGUAUCUUCAAGAAGAGUACGGCGCCAAAGCGUCGCUACCGCCCGAUCCAGAGAUCGUGGGUUUUCACCCGGAGGUCGUGGCUGAACCGAGCGCUGCCACACCGACGCCUUCAACAAGGGAACGACGUCCACGGACGUCGCCGUCGUGGCCCAAACGGGCAAGGGUUUCCCCCGGCAAUAGCACUCUGCCCAUCCACCCAGGGAAGCGGUCACCGCUGUAGCAACAUCUGCCCCGCUGUCACAGCAUGUGGCUCGCCGGAACCACGCCGUCGACACGGCCGAGGCUCCCAACCAGCACCCGAGUCUCUGGUUCGCCCGCCAACUAGCAGAACUCCCACCGUCCGGGGCCGCCGCCCCGGCAUCCCACCUCUGCAAACUGACAACCUAAGAGAGAGCAAAGGACAACGUCGAGAAGCCACUGCCCGCCAACCAAGGCGUAGGCUGGCCACCACAACCAGCACCACCGAAGCAAGACAUGAGGAGUCCAAACCGAACCUGCGAAAGCGGCCACCUUCAGCCCCCGCGGCUGUCGGCGCCAGCAGAUCUGAGACGGAGACAGCUCGAAGGGGAUCAGGACCCUGCCUUGGUCCGCACACGCAGAGGCCCAAGGAGCCGCCACCACCGCACCAGGCGGCCUCCACAUCGAGCCCGCACAAGCGCUGCGUCGCCGCCUGCCUUGCAUCUCGCCGCGCCGGUCACCAACCGCGCCGCCGUCGCCUCCACCAGACCGACAGGGCAGAGGCCGCGCCGCCGCCGCCGAGGUCGCUCCGGGGAGGGACCACCGCCGCGAUCACGCAAAGGGACGGAUGGUAUAGCGUGUCUCUGUUGGUUAUAGUUUUGUUGCAGCUAAACCCCCCAUAUAUCCUGGAUAUGGAGCUCGGCCUUGCAGUGGAGGUUCGUGAUGAGGAUGGGUCCAACAAAAUGGCUAGAGGAAGGUUGACCAACGUUGGCCACUUCCACGAGGAGGUGCUUGACGCCCCAGAGCACUUCAUCAAGAUCAUAUUCUAG